AUGACCACUGCUCGCCUGCUCCUACGACCCAUCCAACAAUCCGACCUAGAAGAUUUCCAUGCCCUUCGCACUGAAAUCGAAGUGAUGAAGUGGACCAGAGCGGGGAAAGUCGACAUUGACAAGGAAGCCACACAAAUCUGGAUGAACAGGUUUCUUCCACCCAACAAUGCCACCACUUUCAGCUUUGCCAUUGAGGAGAUCGCGAGCCCCGGCAAAGUCAUUGGGGUGGUAGGCUGUCAUACACCGGAGCCUCCCGAGUGUGGUUACAUGUUGCGCACCAACUCCUGGGGCCAGGGGUAUGCCACAGAGGCGCUGCGACGAUGGCUCCAAGCUUGGUGGGAGUUGCCUCGGAAAGAAGUGGUACUCGAAGAGGUAGAAAAGGGUGACGAUAUCGAUGACACCAUUGCAACGAGCUGA